ACAUACAAAAGGAGGCGAAUUGGGGUGGUGGUGGUAGAAACUUAAAGUUGUGUCCAAUCAGUCCUUCAGUGCUGGUGUCUCCUGCGACCGCUGUUCUGUCAACAUUUCAGUGAUGCUGCACCUGCUACAGCUGAGCAGCAGUGGAGGUGAAUUUUGCUUCAUAUACCAAGUAUAUAAGGCAACACCCAAGAGAUUAAGGAACUCCUUCAUUUGUCGGUACUGCACCAGCAGGGUGGUGUAGCAGACCUUUCUAAUUAUAUUUAAUUUUCUUUGUAGCUUUACCUAAUGAAAUAUUUAGGUCUAGGGAGAUAGUUGGGUCAGGGGAUUUGGUGAUGGAAAGAGGAGCCCCUCACCUCGAGAUUCAUUAUUUGUGUUUUUUGGGGGUUUUUUACAUCAGUGAAUAACGUAGCUGCAGUCGACAUAGCUUAGGUUGACUUACUGUGGUGUCUAUACUGCGCUGCAUGGAAGGGAGACACUCUCCCGUCGACUUCCCUUAAUCUUCUCAUUCUGGUGGAGUAUCAGAAUUGACCAGAGAGCGUUCUGCAGUUGAUUUAGCAGGUCUUCGCUAGACUGCUAAAUCGACCCCCACUGCAUCAAUCACAGCAGCGUCAAUCCUUGAAAAUGUUCUGAAGAAUAAAUUGGACGGUGCCUGUUGGAAUUAAAUUGUCUGAAAAACCUCUGUUCACCCUAAGGCCUGUUUGACACCGAGAGAGCUUCCACAACGGCCUAAUUCUGCAAGUGAUGGGCUCGGAGAACAGUGCUUUAAAGAGCUGCACACUGGAAGAGCCACCGUAUACCUUACCAACUGGACUCACAGUUUACCCAGCUGCAUUGCAAGAUGGCAAACUUGCCUCGGUCUUUGUGUAUAAAACAGAGAAUGAAGACACAGUUAAUAAAGCUGCCAAGCACCUGAAAACCUUGCGCCACCCAUGCCUUUUGCGCUUCCUCUCUUGUACCGUGGAAACAGAUGGGAUUCACCUGGUUACAGAGCGUGUAAAGCCUUUGGAGAUGGCGCUGGAGAUGCUCUCCUCUGAUGAGAUCUGUGCAGGGAUCUAUGACUUAUUGCUGGCUCUCAUCUUCCUUCAUGACAGGGGAAACCUAACGCAUAACAACAUCUGUUUAUCAUCUGUAUUCGUGAGUGAGGAUGGGCACUGGAAGCUAGGAGGAAUGGAAACAGUCUGCAACCUUAAUGAAGCCACCCCAGAGUUCCUGCAUGCUAUCAAGUCAGUGCGGGACCAGGCAGCCAUCCCUCCUGAAGAGAUGUCUGCAGAUUUCAAAAUUCUUCCUGAGAGCCAUGGACAUGCCCGGGAUGCCUAUUCAUUUGGAACAAUGGUUGAAAAUCUACUGACAUUCUUAAACGAUCAGGUUUCAGCGGAUAUUCUCUCCAGUUUUCAACAGACCUUGCACUGUACGCUGCUGAAUCCAGAUCCAAAGUGUCGUCCACCACUAUCCAGCUUACUGUCUCACAAGUUCUUCAGGAAUGAUUUUCUAGAAGUUGUGAACUUUCUGAAAAGUUUAACCUUAAAGACUGAGGAGCAAAAAACUGAAUUUUUCAAAUUCCUGAUGGAUAGAGUGGCCUGUUUGUCAGAGAAGCUGAUAGCUUCCCGGCUGGUGCCUCUCUUACUCAAUCAGCUUGUGUUUGCUGAACCGGUAGCUGUCAAGAGUUUCCUUCCACAUCUGCUAGGUCCAAAGAAAGAUAAAAUUGGAGAAGGUGAGACCACCUGCCUGCUGUCACCAGCCCUAUUCCAGACGCACGUCACUCCUGUGCUGCUGAAGCUGUUUGAGGUCCACGAAGAGCAUGUGCGAGUGGUGCUGCUGUCUCACAUUGACACCUACGCGGAACUGUUCACGCAGGAAGAGUUGAAAAACAUCAUAUUGCCACAGGUUAAUGAUGAGGCAGACAACGGGACUGGACAUGGCGUAUCAAGAGUGUGGGGAUUCUGCUGCUGGGAUGGCCUCUGUUGCUUAUUACAAGUGCUACUGGGCCUUCGAGAUACCAGUGACUCUAUUGUUGCGAUAACGCUGCACGGCUUAGCAGUUCUGGUAUCUCUGCUUGGACCGGAAGUGGUUGUGGGGGGUGGAAGAACUAAGAUUUUCAAACGCUCCGCACCGAGUUUCACUAAAACUACGGACCUUUCGCCAGCAGACUCCCCAACUCAUGUCAGCAACCAGAGAAGCCAGCUCUCCCAGCCCCUGCAGAACAGUUCUUCCAGUGUGUUCCCCGAGUGCCCCAUUGGUGGAAACGUGUCCCUCAGCAGCGAGAAACAUGUGCCAAGAAAUCUCUCUCAGGUGGCCUUAAAGACAGUUGAACAAGACCCUCCGCUAUCCCUGAAUGGAGAUCCUGCUACGAUGAAUACUGUGGGAAGCAGCAGGAGCCCUUUGAAUACUUCUGAAAAGCCAGCGGAGGAAUGGCCAGACUGGAGCGAGUCCGAAGAGCCAGAGACUCAGAAAACUCUGAACAUACAGCUUCGGCCUAUGGAGCCACAUGGCAGCACUGGGCCCUAUGUUGUUGUUCAUAAUGUGGUCAAGGAACCCUCGGACAACUUUGAGCCCAGCAGCCGGGCUCUUAAACUGUUCUCAGGAAACAGCCUCAAUGCUACGAGAGCUGAUGGAGUCCAAGUGCAGAGGCCACUCCCUGGUGCCCUUCAGCUGAGCAAAGAAUCCAAAAGCUUCAAACCGAGUCCUCCCCCAGUGUCCAGCCCUGCAAAUUGCUGGAGCAAUGACAGCUGGGAUCACCCAGACCAGCUGAGAGAAACACCAUUCCUGGAAAGGUCUCCUAAGUCUCCACGGGAGUCUGGCUUAGGAGAAGAGUUCACGAUCCAAGUGAAGAGGAAACCAGUGCGAGACCCUGAGUUGGACUGGUUUGCUGACAUGACCCCAGAUAUUAAACCAUCUGCAGCUUUCCUGAUUUUACCUGAAGUAAGGACAGACUCGGUUGUUCUUAGUCACUUAAGUGCAGUUUCCGGUGGAGAGGAUACCUCCCAGAUUGUCCAGUUUUCAUCCAAAUUUGCAGCAGCUGAAGUCACGGAGGCUGAAACUGCAGGCUGGGGUGAAGAGGAAGAGUUGAACUGGGAAGAUACUAACUGGUGAUGGAUGGGAAAAGACAAGGGCAAUCGAUGGCCUAUUGCUUCCAUGAUGUGUUAGAUUAUUACCUCACCAACACUAUUUUACCAGGAAGGCAGGCACUUUCGCUUGCAUUAAGCAAGAUCCCAGUGCAGCCUAUCUUCCUGUACAAGGAUGCUCCUUUUCCAGCCCAUGCUGAAGCCAUAUGUACAAGUGAGGUGCAUAGCACUGGCUAGUGGAAAUUGGAACAGCUUGAAUGGUUUGUGUUUUGGAGCUGAAAAAGAAGAGUGAUUUAUACUUUUCUGUUUCAGGAAUCAUCACUGCUCUAGAAAACUCUUGAAAAUAAAUGAAAAUUGCAUUAGUUCAGAUAAA